CGAACAAUGUAGCAACCAUUGCUAUUUGUUUGUUAUUUUCUCACAUGAAGCGCACACCUAAUUUUUCGUCUUACAUUUUGUUUCGAAUAGUGAGUUGAGUGAGUUCCAGUAAUAUAAAAUGGAGAAUUCAAUUGACCUGCAUGAAUCGAACGAUACCGAAAUAUCUGGGGGACCAUCUUUGUUGCUGUUAAACAACGAUUGUUUGAUUCGAAUAUUCAAAUGUGUCGAACUGCUGGACCUCGUGAAUUUAUCAAGAACAUGUGUUCGAUUCAAGAAUAUUGCCACCGAUACAUUCAAUCCUCGGUUCAAGAUUGUUACAAUAAACGACAUUUCCGACUGCGAUUACCCGGAGUCAUAUCCCAGCUUGAAGGUAACGGAGCAGCAAUUUUGCACAAUUCUUUCAGUGAUCGGAUGGCGUGUUCAAUCAGUUGAAAUAUAUGAAGGAUGCGAUAACAUUUUUCGCAAAAUAACAAGUAAAUGCAAGAAUGUGACGAGCUUAUCGUUGCUUUUCAUAGACCAUACGGUAUUAUCGCUUCGAACGUGUCCCCAUUUACAAGAGUUUAACAAGUUGAAGGAAUUGAGAAUCAUCGAAUGUGAUAUAGCUAAGGAUGUUCUACGCCAAAUCUUCUUACACAAUCCCGAUAUUGAAACUAUAGAAUGUGAUUGGGCGUACAAGGGAUUCGUGAAGCUGUUGAAACUUUUACCGAAACUUAAGCAGCUGCAUCUUGACUCCAUACAAGGACUGGGAGUCAAUCACUCUCCGAAUUUAUUUCAUCUGAAGGAAGUGAACGAUUUCAAGUUUAAUUGCAUUGAAAAUUGCAAUAAAUUCAUUACUCAAUUGGCGACGAAAUGGACCUUAGUAUCACUUAAUGUCACAUGCGAUACUGACGACGAAACAUUCGAGCUGUUGCAAUUGUUUGAAAAUUUGGAAUAUUUAGAAAUUGCCAACAUGACGAGCAAAUGCAUUAUGCCUGAACGUACGGUUUUCCCAUCAAAAUUGAAACGCAUUAGUUUCUAUAAUAUUGGAUUAACGCUUCGAAAGCUUACGUCAAUAGUCGACAAAACAAAAAUGCUCGAAAACGUCGCUCUGAAAACGCAAUGUCUAAUCGAAUUUUCUGCUGAUCAGGAAGCCGAUAUGAUUUUUGGGAUUGUUACUGCACUCAGUCCAUUGCUGCAGCCUCAACAGCGAAAGUUGAAAGUACGGUACAGUCCCAGUGGCGGUUGGAGUAAUAAUCGACCGAAGUACUUUUAUGACUCUGAGAACUUGAAGAUUAUAAAUCAUAUUUGCAAAUAUGAAGAGAAGAAAUCGCAUGAGGAAUGGGCAUCUGAAAGAACUUCGUUGCGCAUCAUUCCAACAAUCCGAAAACGAUUGAAUUUUAAUUGAAUUUUGACUAACAAUAAAUCAGGCCUCUCACACCUCCUUAUUUCCUUAUUUUUCCUUAUUUUUAUAAAAAGCCUCCUUAUUCCUCCUUAUUUUAUUAAAA